GCACAGUUGUGACAGUGAGGUUAAUCUGUUUGGCCCCAUGUGCGGAGCAUUAUCAAAUGAUAAACUCAUUUCCUGUCUUGAUAAGCCUUCAUUAUGUCAAAAGUUAAAUGCUUGGAAAAUUAUCUUACAUUCAUCAAACUUCACAAAGACUAAUUUAAUUUCACUAAAGGCUUUGUCAGGCCAGAUACAUUUCAGUUGUUCUUUCUGAUUAAGUGAUGAGGACAUGGGAAAUAUUUAAACUCAUUAAUUAUGACACACACACACACACACACACACACACACACACACACACACACACACACACACACACACACACACACACACACACACACACACUUACACAUAUCAGAAUGCUACACAAUUACACAUAUUAGAAUCUUAAGUGUUGUUGAUAGGUGUUUAUAAGUUACAUAAGGAAGUGUUUUUGUUUGAACUCCAAAAGUCGUUCUUUCUCAUGCUGCUACAUAACUUGAACAAUGUAAUGGACUAAAAGAUGGACUGAAGUAUUUUGUAUUCCAUUGAUCCAGGAAUAGCAUUCAGUACAGAAGUAUAGUCAUGCUACAGAGACAUACAGACAGACAGGCAACUGUGGAUUGUCUAAAGUUGUAAAGUGUAAAUGUUACAGGAAACUACAUCCUUUUUGUAAUCUGAUACAGUAACCUUGCUUCUCCAACACUCAGUAUCUGGACAGGGCUCUGUAUAGCUGGAUGUCAAAUUUUUUUCCAUCAAGUAGAUCACAAGCACCUGUGCAACCUUUCCUCACUGAAGAGUGAGCAAAGGGAAGAGAUGGAUACAUGUUCCUGUCAUGAAGCAGCAAUGCUUUGAGGCUCCUGCACAAGCUGCUGAUGAAGAGGUGCCACUCGUUGGGGUUCCAGGCAAUUCCAACUGCUUCAAACAGAUUGGUCACAUUGUGGCAAAAACAAAGCUCAUCUUGAUGAGUAAACAAGCUUGAAAAAUCCCAGUGAUGCUUUCUCUGACCUGAUAUUUUCACACUCUCUUCUAACAAAUUCCACUGCUUAAAUCUUGGACUUUGUGAGAUCAAGGACUCUGAGAUCUAUGACAUCAUUUUGGUUGGAGUAGUGAGGAUUUCUCUCCUCAGUUGGAGGAGUGGGUAUGGAGAACUCAGAGCAGUGUGGCACUGGUGCAAUGGAUGACAUAAGGUCUGGAUACAUGAUAGCAGUACCUUGGACAGGACGUGGCUAUUGGAAGACUGGAAGCAUGGACUGGACAAGGCUGAUGAUUGGACUGGUGUUUCUCCUCAAUCCAGUGCAUGGGAAUCAAACAGGUAAGAUUACUCCAAGCUGUGUUAGUCCUGACAUUUGCUCUGCUGAAGAUCUGAAAUUUACUUUCAACAAGGAUGAAACAAACAGCAACAAGUUAGUGAUGUGCCUGAUCAAAGAUGAAGUGUGUGAGGGUUGUUACACACUGAUGAAGAAAGAGUGUGAUUCAGGAUAUUGCUGGAAGAUAAUCUCCACCACUGAUGCACAGAAAAUUAAUUACACUGUUGGAAUCAUGGGAGGUGUGAUAGCAGUGCUGGUGGUGGUCAUGCUAGCGGCCAUAGUGGUGUACAUCUGUACAUCUAAACAACUUGAUCAGAAGAAUGGCCAUGAAACAGUAGAUUAUGUGAGACCUAUAAUACCAAGGCGUCCUUCACAUUCCUUGAAAGAUAAACAAGUGACACAGAAUGAGUAUGAUCCAGAUUAUGGCUAUAUACAAGGAAAUGAUCCAAAGUUUUGCCAAAUUAAAGAUCUUGAGAAUAGACAGGUUUUUCAGGGUAAAGUGAUAGCAUGAAAAGGAAGGGAAAAAUUUUCAUUGACAUUUUUUUCCCCUAUUAGAGUAAUAAGAAAAUUUUGAACAUCAAUUUGGCUAAUUUUCAUCAUAAAUUUGGCUUCCCUUAAAGAAAAUCUUUGUCUUAGUAACUAAAAAAAAAAAAAAAAUAUAUAUAUAUAUAUAUAUAUAUAUAUAUAUAUAUAUAUAUAUAUAUAUAUAUAUAUAUAUAUAUAUAUAUAUAUAUAUAUAUAUAUAUAUAUAUAUAACCUAGAAAUAAUGGAAUUGCCAAAAAAUCAUAGAGGAAAGUGUUAUAAAUAAUGUCAGAUAACAGUUGCCUUCAUCAGGUCACUGAGAGAAUCAUGAUGUAUUAUGUGAUGCAGGUGCUAUGGUGCAUUUUCCUUUGUAAUGUAUAAAUACUGCUAUAUCAUGAACCUCACAAAUGAUUAUUGUUUUUAAGCUAAGUAUAAAUAAAUAUCCUCAUACUGUUUGCCAUGGAGCUCCUGGAAGGAAUUAAGUUAAAUCAUGCACAGCAAUGUGUCAGGGCAAAACAUUUGUUCACUGACUUCAUAGGUAAUUAUUAUGUGUAGAAAAAAAUCAUAGUGCUGAAUUUAUAUUGCAAUAAAGAAUAAGAAAAAUAAAAUGUCCAGUGCUAAUCUUGUAGUUACUUAGAAAAUUGA